AUGUCGAUCCAGUACGAGGUGGAGCAGCUGGCCGGCAGCUACGGGGUGGCCGACUCCUUCCCCAAAGACUUCGGCUACGGUGAAGAAGAGGAGGCGGACAUUGAGGACAGCCCGGCGCCGUCCGACAGCAAGCCGAGGAUUCUGCUCAUGGGGCUGAGGCGAAGUGGCAAGUCAUCCAUACAGAAGGUUGUGUUCCACAAAAUGUCGCCCAACGAAACUUUAUUUUUGGAGAGCACCAACAAGAUCUACAAGGACGACAUCUCCAGCAGCUCCUUCGUCAACUUCCAGAUUUGGGACUUCCCGGGCCAGGUGGACUUUUUCGACCCCACCUUCGACUACGAGAUGAUCUUCAGAGGAACCGGAGCCCUCAUAUUUGUCAUCGAUGCUCAGGACGACUAUGUGGAGGCUCUGGGCCGACUCCAUCUGACUGUGUCGCGAGCGUACCGGGUCAACCCGGAGAUAAACUUCGAAGUCUUCAUCCACAAGGUGGACGGUUUAUCAGACGACCACAAGAUCGAGACCCAACGGGACAUCCAUCAGCGGGCUAAUGACGAUCUGGCCGACGCUAGUUUGGAGAAGCUCCAUCUUAGCUUUUACUUGACGAGCAUCUACGACCACUCCAUCUUCGAGGCCUUCAGCAAGGUGGUGCAGAAGCUCAUCCCGCAGCUGCCCACGCUGGAGAACCUGCUCAACAUCUUCAUUUCUAAUUCAGGGAUCGAGAAGGCCUUCCUGUUCGACGUGGUGAGCAAGAUCUACAUCGCCACCGACAGCUCGCCCGUGGACAUGCAGUCGUACGAGCUGUGCUGCGAUAUGAUCGACGUGGUGAUUGACGUUUCCUGCAUCUAUGGUCUGAGGGAGGACGGCAGCGGCAGCGCUUACGACAAGGAGUCCAUGGCCAUCAUCAAGCUCAACAACACCACUGUGCUCUAUCUGAAGGAAGUCACCAAGUUCUUGGCGCUUGUCUGCAUCCUGAGAGAAGAAAGCUUUGAGCGCAAAGGCUUGAUCGACUACAACUUCCACUGUUUCCGUAAGGCCAUCCACGAAGUAUUCGAGGUGGGCGUGUCGGCGCAGCGCCUGCUCGGGACGCAGCCCGUGGGCUCACCGAUACGCGGCAAGGCGGUGACACUGAACGGCACGCCGCUCAACAGCACCGUGUAA